AACGUCGUGCAAUCCGAUGUUGGUGCUAUUGAAGGAAUUCCCUGGGGGAAAGUAUCAGAUUGCCUCUGAACGCAUUCCACCUAGUACACACAAGAUGGGUUCUGCUACAUGGACCGGGGUGGGCCUUGACCACUACGUAUCUCAUAACAGCAGUGCGACAGAAGCUUUUAUCAUUGGAAUGACUCUGCAAACCGGAUGCCAGUUGAAUUUAAAAGCUAUCUGGCCGCAAGUCGCCUGGGUAAUGCUGCAAGGCAGUACACCAGAUGUCUUACAGAAGUUUUCCUAUGGUGCUGCGCUGGAGCCUCCUGUCACGAUGACCAUCCGUGCAUCCAGUGCGUGCAACCAGGCUACAUGUGACAACUGCCAAACACUCUAUCAAAGCUGUCCUGCAUUAGGAGCUACUGGUAAAAAUCGCUAUCAAUACUAUUGUGGUACUGCAUCUAACUACACGUGUCCAACCUCAACCUCAACGGAAGUUUUAGUUUCUGGAUCUUCACAACAUGCAAGUUCGCCACCGCCAGGAUCAUCCAAGCGUGGAUCACCAAGUCCUACAGAAGCGGUGGAUAGGGUCAUAAUGCUUCCCGGGACAGGGCAAUCAAGCGGACUUACUAUGGGCUUCAAUAUUCCCUUGCUUCUUCUCACCCUCUCCAUUCUACUCGUACUUCUGUAUCGAAUGAAGCGCGAAUCUCUCUCAGCACGCGGCCACUCUCGACAAGAAAAAAGAGAAGCGGUAGGCUUGCCGACUCCAACACCACCUCCGCCUGCUACAGCCCGCCCCGAACAAUGCCGCCAAGUAGCAACUGACACGUCCGAGGGUCCAUACUAUAUUGACGCUGUAGACUCGAUGAGCGCGAACGUCACGCCCAAGUCCUGUUCCAUGACUAAUGGCAGAAUGUCGGAAUUUGUCCAUGUGCAGUCGUCCACGGCACCAGCUAAUAAUAGUGAACAAACCCAAGAUUCGCUGUAUGCUGAUCUGGAGACAACUGAAAAUUCCAGUGUUGAUGCGCAAGAACGUCACUACACGCUACUAUCUAAGCGUACACGAGCACAUCGCAACCCUUACGAAGGUCUUCGUUCCCAUAGCCGUGACCUUGCCAGCGGGGAAUCCCGUGUUGACGCCAAGCCUGAUGAUGAUACGUUGGUUAUCGGCAAUACCGCCCGCUCACUGGAGUACAGCACAGCGUCUGCUCCCGUCACACACGUUAUUUACACUCCUGUACUAGUGAGUGACUGCGUCGACGCUGUUCCUGAAGCUUGACCAACUACUCAAUUAUAACGUGCCCAGUCACCUCAGAUCCUAAUACAACAAACAACAACGCCCAGAGCAGCAAAUUCACGACGCAAAUACCCCUGCGGAUAAGCGACCAACGAGGCUAUUGAUUCCAAAGCAAGUGAUAUAAUUAUGAUUUUUUUGUCCAACCACUACUGCAGUUCACCCUGCUACGCGCAGUACAACCUCUCCUCUAACGAAAACAGCCAUAGUACCUCAAGCAACUUCUAGCCCUACUCCAUCGACCACCUCCACAAGACCUUCAUCGUCUGCCGUUACUAAUCUACGGACUACCUCCGACACAGUUGCUGCGGCUACAGUCUCACCAUCAACCACGCCUCGGGUUACAAAGGCCUACUCCGAAUCGUCUCCUCUUUCCAAUGCCUUCCUAUCUUUUAUUAUGAUUAUCAUGGACACCAGUGCCUAUUCAAACUAGUUUAGUGUUGUUCACUUGACUCAUUGCUGUUCUGCCAAUGAUUAUCUGGUUGUCUGGACAACUGUGGCAGAUCAAUUAAAUUUUGUCAAUUGGAUCCCGCACGUUUCUUUAGGCGUACGGAUGUGCCUUCCCGUUACACCGAUCCACGCCUCUGUAACAGCUUACAUUAUAGCUUCUCUUAGUAUUCCUGGCUAGAGUUGUAUUGUAGUUUUGAUUGGAGUGAUAUCUGAUAUCUCUGCUGACUGCCUAGUCUACAUGAUCAGGGCAGCCAGCUUGCACCGCCAGCACAGUAGGGUGGCGAAUACAUUUCUGCCGUAGGCAGGCCAUAUGGCAUUUUAAGACCAAUGGUAAAUAGCACUGCACUAUGUUCUUUCAAUUUUGCGACUCUUGCAGUGACUUCAAACCUGUCUUCAAUCGUGUGCAUGGCACAUUAUACACAAUUGUGCCAUUGUUCAGUACAAUUAAUGCAAAGGC